AUGGCGACCCGAUAUUCACUGCGUCAGACUCCUAGGAAAAAGGAGCUCUUUGACGGCUUGGUCGAAACGCCAAAGCGAUCUUCGCGCACCCGCCAAGCCUCGCAGGCUCCCGAUGCCUCAGACGCUGAGGAUGCUGCAUCUAUUGCUGAGACUGCCAGCCCUCGCAAGAUUCCACGCCGCCGCACGGCCAAGUUCAUCGAGAACCUAGACGAGGAGGAAGAUCUCAACCCUGCUGUCAAUGGCACUGCCAACGGCUACAGCAAUGGCCACGCCAACGGACACUCCAACGGAAACGCUAACGGCCACACCAAUGGCCAUGCUAAUGGCAAGCUUAACGGAUAUACAAAUGGACAUGUGAAUGGACACACCAACGGACAUGCCAAUGGUCAUACCAACGGAACAUCCGCCGAAGAGAAGGCGAUAGACGGCUGGAAAGCAGGCCAGGAUCCCAAGGUCGACUACUCGGGCGAGUUCGAAUUUGGGGGUUCUGUAGGCACUCUGUGCAUGAUGAUUUUCUUCCCGAUGCUCAUGUGGUACAUGUGGAUUGGCACUACGUUUUAUGGCGGCAAAUUCCCAUCCCGCGCUCCUGGCGAAAGCUGGGCUGAUUUCGGCCUUCACUUGGCCAACAUCGUCUAUACCCGCGCGUUUCCUCACACAAAGGCCUGGGUAUGGUACUGGAGCUACCUCAUCUUUGAGGGUGCAUGCUACUGCCUUCUUCCCGGCGUCUGGGGCAAGGGCAAGCCUCUUCCCCACGAGGGUGGCAAGCAGCUCGACUACUUCUGCAACGCCUUUGUCAGCUUGUACACGACCCUCGCCGUCUUUGCCGCCUUGCAUUUCUCUGGUAUCUGGCCCAUCUACACGGCUCUCGAUGAGUUUGGCCCUCUCCUGUCGGUUGCCAUCUGCAGCGGCUUCAUUGUGAGCUUCAUCGCUUACUUCUCUGCUCUGUGGAGGGGCAAGCAGCACCGCAUGACCGGCUACCCCAUCUAUGACUUCUUCAUGGGUGCUGAGCUUAACCCUCGCAUGUUUGGCAUCCUCGAUUUCAAGAUGUUCUUCGAGGUUCGCAUGCCUUGGUAUUUCCUGCUGAUUCUCAGCCUUGGAGCGGCUGCACGCCAGUACGAGCAGUAUGGCUAUGUUUCUGGUGAAGUCAUGUUCCUUGUCAUGGCGCACUACCUCUAUGCCAACGCCUGCGCCAAGGGCGAGGAGCUCAUCAUCACUACCUGGGACAUGUACUUUGAGAAGUGGGGUUUCAUGCUCAUCUUCUGGAACCUUGCCGGUGUCCCUCUCUCAUACUGCCACUGCACCCUCUACCUGGCUAACCACGAUCCCGCCACAUACCGCUGGAACCGCUUCGCUCUGGUUGCCAUGUACGGUGCUUAUCUCUUCUGGUACUGGGUGUGGGACAGCUGCAACAGCCAGAAGAACCGCUUCCGCGCCAUGGAGAAGGGAAAUCUCAUCCCCCGCAAGACUUUCCCCCAAGUCCCAUGGCAGACCCUCAAGAACCCCAAGACGAUUAAGACCCCUCAGGGUACCAUCCUCAUCGAUGGCUGGUAUGGUCUGGCUCGCAAGAUUCACUAUACCUCUGACCUUUGGUUCUCUGUCUCGUGGGGUCUGAUCACAGGUUUCGAGAGCCCCUUCCCCUGGUUCUAUCCCGUCUUCUUCGCCUGCAUGAUUGCCCACCGCGCGCAUAGAGACAUUACUCGCUGCCGCGCCAAGUACGGCGAGGCCUGGCUCGAAUACGAGCGCCAGGUCCCUUAUCUCUUCAUUCCCUACGUCAUCUAA